AUGAAGAAAGAAAGACGCAGCAGUAAAAAAGGGAAAAACGUCAAGGGAGUUUUGCGCCGGCGAGGACACGCUUAUGCCGGAGACGAUGAAGACGGAUUUCAAGGUGGGCGGACCCUGUUCUGUCACUGUUUGGAGCAGCAUACUGAUUCAUGCCAGUUUUCCAAUCUUCUCGGGACCGUCUAUCGCAAAGGGAAUCUCUUGUUCACUCCCGACGGCUCCUGUUUGCUCUCCCCAGUUGGGAACCGAGUCUCUGUCUUUGACCUGGUCCAAAACAUCUCCUAUACCCUCCCGUUCGCACACCGGACAAAUAUUGCCCGAAUUGAUCUAUCUCCCAGAGGCAAUCUCCUGCUCUCAAUCGACGAGAAUGGCAGGGCUAUAUUGACCAAUUUCCCGCGCCGGCUACCGAUCCAUCACUUUACGUUCAAGUCUGCUGUGACUGCGCUCUCGUUCUCGCCCUCCGGUCGUCAUUUUGCCGUGGGGGUUGGCCGGAGACUACAGAUAUGGUGUACACCCUCUACUCCGGGAGCUGGUACCAGCGGUGAGCUAGAGUUUGCCCCCUUUGUGCUUCACCGAGAUUUAGCUGGCCACUUCGACUCGAUACAAAACAUUCAUUGGUCUAGCGAUUCGAGAUUUUUGUUGACUGCAUCAAAAGAUCUAACUGCGAGGAUAUGGAGUGUGAAUCCGGAGGAAGGGUUUGAACCCACAACUUUGGCAGGUCACCGUGAUGGAGUUAUCAACGCAUGGUUCUCCCAUGAUCAGGAGUCGAUAUAUACCGUCAGCAAGGAUGGUGCUUUGUUCCGUUGGGGCUAUGUAUCAAAAAAGAAAGAGGACGGUAGUACCUCGGACGAACGGUGGAGAAUCGUCAAGAAGGAUUAUUUUAUGCAAAGUGGUGCCAAAGUAAACUGUGCAGCUUUCCAUGCAAAGGCUAACAUCCUGGUUGUCGGUUUCUCCAACGGCAUCUUUGGCCUAUGGGAAAUGCCUAGCUUCAGUCAGCUCCAUCUAUUAAGUGUCUCUCAGAGCAACAUCGAUUGUGUUACUAUCAAUAGCUCUAGCGAAUGGCUCGCAUUUGGCUCGUCGAAACUCGGUCAGCUACUUGUAUGGGAAUGGCAAUCCGAAUCUUAUAUCUUGAAGCAACAGGGUCAUUUGGAUUCUAUGAACGCUCUAGUGUAUUCUCCUGAUGGCCGAAAAAUCAUUACUGCUGCUGAUGAUGGCAAAAUCAAAGUCUGGGAUAUCAAUACCGGGUUUUGCAUUGUCACUUUUACAGAACAUAAGAGCGGCGUUACAGCGUGUGAGUUCACAAAACGCGGAAAUGUGCUCUUCACGUCAUCCCUGGACGGGUCAGUGCGAGCAUGGGAUCUCGUGCGGUAUCGAAACUUCAAGACCUUCACGGCCCCUUCACGGUUAUCCUUUUCUUCCCUAGCUGUUGAUCCCAGCGGUGAAGUUGUAUGCGCCGGAUCCCUAGACUCCUUUGACAUCCAUAUCUGGUCAGUUCAAACCGGCCAGCUCCUUGAUCAGCUAUCAGGCCAUGAAGGACCAGUUUCAUCAUUAUCUUUUUCGGCAGAUGGAAGUCAUGUUGUCAGCGCUAGCUGGGAUCGCACAGUCCGGAUAUGGAGCGUCUUUGGGAGGAGUCAAACCAGUGAGCCAUUACAGCUACAGUCAGACGUCCUAUGUGUAGCUUUCAGACCAGAUGGAAAGCAGGUCGCUGCAUCGACGCUUGACGGCCAGUUAACAUUCUGGUCCGUUGAGGAUGCAGUUCAGCAGGCAGGAAUUGAUGGCCGGCGGGAUGUCUCUGGUGGUAGAAAGAUAACUGACAGACGAACCGCUGCAAAUUCUGCUGGGACCAAAUCCUUCACUACCAUAACAUACAGCGGCGACGGCACAUGUCUCCUAGCUGGUGGGAACAGCAAAUACAUCUGCCUCUACGACGUUGGAACAUGUUCUUUGAUCAAGAAAUUUACAGUGUCACUCAACACCUCGUUAGACGGAACUCAAGAGUUUCUUAACAGUCGGAACAUGACUGAAGCUGGCCCCCAGGGAUUAAUUGACGAAACUGGCGAAGCAUCCGACAUCGAGGAGCGAAAGGAUAAGACCCUGCCAGGUGCUCGUCGUGGAGACGACGGAGCUAGAACAACUCGCCCUGAAGUCCGUGUUACAUCGGUAUCAUUUUCACCCACCGGAAGAUCGUUUUGUGCUGCGUCUACAGAGGGCCUGCUAAUAUAUAGCCUUGACGAUGACAUGGUCUUUGAUCCUUUUGACUUGGAUAUUUCUAUUACACCGGACAGCGUCAUGGCCACCGUUGCAGCAGCUAAAAAGGCAGCUUUAUACCAAACCUCCAACUCUUCAUCGGAAACCACUACAUCCGACUCUUCAUUCCUCAAAGCCAUCAUCAUGGCAUUCCGCCUUAACGAAUCCGAACUCAUAAGAACAGUUUACGAAUCUAUACCCCCCUCCGAAAUACCCCAUAUUGUCCGUUCAAUUCCCACAGUAUACGUAACCCGUCUCCUGCGCUUCGUUGCUAAUGCAGCUGAUGAAACCCCCCAUCUAGAAUUCAACUUACUCUGGAUUCAGGCCUUGUUAAGCAUACGAGGACGCUAUAUCAAAGAUAACGCAGCCUCUUUUGCGGCAGAGUUAAGAUCUGUUCAGAGAGCUAUCGAUGGUAUUCGAAAUGACUUGAAAAGACUCGCGGACAAGAACUCAUAUGCGCUGGAAUACUUUCUGUCAAAACCUGCCUAUGCACCCGGAACCAAGAACAUUGCAUCGGAAGAAUCAAAUAGGAUGCUUCUAGAGAAUUCCAAAGACGAAGAGAAUACUCCGGCGGAGGAACAGGACGAGAACAAAGCCAAUGAUAGCGAUGGGGAUUGGAUCGGAUUGGAAUAA